AUGUCUGUGUACUACUGCAUUGUCCAUGCUGGUGCCCUUGCUACUACUGGCCCUAUCCGCCCUCACGAUGGCUCAUGCGGAGCCGAGGGUGACACUAUUAUAACGGCUAAGCUGUUCGGGCAUAUAGACCAGUAUGCUUACUGGUUCAUAGACCUACUGGUGGGUACUCCACAACAGCGAACGAGUCUUAUCGUUGAUACUGGCUCUACACUGCCUGGUUUCACAUGCGAGAUACCGAAGGCUCAUGUGGGGAACCAUAUAGACCCGCAUUUCGACAUUAAUAAGAGUUCCACUGCUAAGUGGUUGUCUUGUGACGAUUGUCCUGCGACGUUCAGAACGCAAUGUCGAGAAGAUAAAUGCUAUUACCAUCAGUCGUAUACUGAGGGCUCUAGUAUAGAAGGGUACUGGUUUGAGGACUAUGUUAGUCUGGAUGACCACGAUGAGCUCAACCCUGCGGUGAUGACGAAGUUAGGCUGCCAUACCAGCGAGAAUAAACUUUUCUAUACGCAGAAGGCCAAUGGUAUUAUGGGGAUGGCACCAUCUAGAGGUGGUGGCCGAACGGUUCUGGAGACUCUCUUUGAUUCUAAGGAGAAUCCCGUCGAUAAGAGCCUCUUCUCCAUGUGUUUGGCUACCUGGGGUGGGCAACUCGUUGUCGGCGGUUACAAUGCGACGAGGCAUACGUACCGUAGCUCAGUUGUCUCCAUCGUGAUUGAGGCUUUCAGGUCUUCGGUCAGCUGGGCUCCUAUGAGCACCGAUCGAGGCUACUACUACAUCAGCAUUCAGUCGCUAGGUGUGUACCCAGAGGACCAACCCUCUACUGUGAAGGCAGUGACUGGGGCUAAGGAAAUAUCCACCGACCAAGCGAGUUUCGGUGAUGCCAUGGUGGACUCCGGGACGACAUAUACGUAG